GAACCAAGAAGCACCUGCCCUACCAGCGACCAGCAUUGACCUGACGCAUUGAACUGCGCAAGCACCUGCUUCACAACGACCCAUCUCCACUCAAAUCAAAAACAAAUCCCAUUGUCGAAAUGUAUGCCACGCGGGCCAUGCGGAUGUUCCAGCCCACCAGGGCCAUGAUGCGCCCAGUGCCCAACGAGGAGCAAGCCGCUCACACCAUCUCUCAACGCCUCCGACGAUUCCGUCAGAUCCCGGCUGAGUUGAUCCCCCUCGGUGUCGUCGUUGGCUUUGCCGUCUUCGCUGCCGGCUACUCGAGCAUGCGCCACUUCUUCACCGACAAGACCAUUCGCCUCAAGCGUCAGAACCGAGCUGCGGACAGCGUUGCCCACGGUUCUUCCGAGGAGCAUCACUGAUUUGGAGGAGCGGAGGCAUAGGCAGGAACACAUCGAUGGGAGGAAGGCUGGUGUGACUGUACAUUUGAUCUAGAGAGGGCGAGCACCACCAAAAGUGUCAGGCCUUUUGGCUUGGAAUUCAAGAACUUUUCAUAUCAUUACCACUAAACCCAGAUUUCAUCUACCCUUCC